GCAUAAUUUUCUAAUUUUAGACAUAAACUUGACAAGCAUUUCAGAACAGCUGUAAAAUGCUUAUCAAAAAGAAAGGAAAGCAAGAAAGCAUUUUAAUACCUUCUUUCAGCAAGUCCAGUUGCUUCCAAGUGCCAGGCCUAUUCAAAGACUUGGGAUUUUUUUUGCAAAGUCUGAUUUUCUUUUCAAUCUAACAAUUCAAUCAGCACAGGGAAUCAAUCAGAAAGGACCCAUCCCAAGGGAGCCUCAGAUACCAAGCCCAGUCCUGCCCAACCCAAGUUGAUUUAUCGAGUUCCUUAAAUGACUCAUCAAUGCCUUGAAUGGUUACUGGUGACUGGUUUUACUGGAAAAGUUGGGUUGUUAAGGGGUAAUGUGAGAACCUGGCAGGGUGCUGUGGGUCUACUUAAAAUCUGUUAGGCCAGGGCAGAGAGCAGAGUCUGAAUUUCUAGGAACAUGGCUCAUGUAAGUAAAUACAGUUACUUAGUUUCUGCAGGGGUUUUGGUUUUCCUGUCUCUGUUUUGCUUGGCCAGUGGUGGAAAGCUGUUGGUGGUGCCAAUGGAUGGGAGUCACUGGCUCAGCAUGCGCUCACUACUCGUGGCCCUCAGCCAGAAAGAGCACAAAAUUGUCGCUGUGGCACCAGAAGUAAACUUGAAUGUGAAGACAUCUGAAUAUUACACCCUCAAAACAUAUCCAGUGCCUUUAACCAGGGAAGAACUAGAAGCACGCAUGAAUUCAUUUGCAAAUGAUCUUUUUGAGAGAAGACCUUUUCUUCAAAGAAUUGCUGCGCUUUAUGAAAAAGUUCAAGUCAUCUCUGAUCUCUAUGUGUCCUCUUGUAGCAGUUUACUGCAUAACAAGGAUCUGAUGCAGUAUCUUGAAGAGAGUAAAUUUGAUGCUGUUCUUACGGAUCCUGUUGUGCCAUGUGGACAGAUACUGGCUCUGCAUCUGUCUAUCCCAUCUGUUUUCUUUUUGCGAGGACUCCCUUGCAGUUUUGAUUUGCAGGCUACUCAGUGUCCAGACCCUCCUUCUUACGUCCCAAGAACAUUUACAGACAACUCAGACCACAUGACAUUUAUCCAGCGUGUGGAAAACUUAUUUCUCAAGUCAUCAGAAUCCUUUCUUUGCAAUUUUGCCUAUUUGCCAUUUGAACUUCUGGCCUCAGAUGUUCUUCACAGACCAGUAACAAUGAAGGAGCUCUUAAGCCAUGGAUCAAUUUGGCUUAAAAGAAUGGAUUUUGUUUUUGAGUAUCCCAUGCCAGUGAUGCCCAACAUAGUUUUUAUUGGAGGAAUAAACUGUGGAAAUAAAAAGCCAUUAUCUCAGGUCAGUGAUUUCCUUGAUAAAAUAUACUAAUGUUUGAAGGGGGAAUGCUGUUUGUAAAUGCUGUGUGCAUAUUACUGCAUAGGUGAUUUUGUGGGAUUUAUACAGGCAGUAAGGUAUACUGUCAAGACAAAGGAAAUAGGUGAAAAACUGGGUUGGUUUUAAUUGCAGGUACUCUUCCAUAGGAUUAGCAGGAUCUAAGCAUUUGUCCUUACACAAUUGUUUUCUUUGGCCUAGGUUGAAGUAGUUUACCACUACACUCUCCCUAACAAGGCAAACACCCGAGGCAAACACCCACGAGUGAGGGAGAUCCCUGUCUUACCGGGCAGGUCUGCUGCUGGUGUUUGCCAAAUCAGUAUUGUUAACUCAAACUAUUUGUUUUACUGUUACAAGUGAUUGUUGAAAACAAUUAAUCUUUUCAGUUCAUAGAACCAUCCUUUCCUAAUUUAGAAAUAAAAUGUUGUAAUGCAUCAGUUGGAAGGAAGUGUUCUGGUUGCUCUGUCAAUCUAGGCUUAUUCUUUCAUUGCAUGGAUUCCUUACAAAAUCUUCUAAACAACUCUUGGAGGUUUUCGUAGCUGCUAGCAAGCACUGAGCUUCUGCAACAGCUUAUGCUGCCUACUGAAAAGUUUCCCUAAAAAGGGUGUCCCUAGAGCUGCAGUAGUUCAGCAAAUGUCCCUAAAAAAAUUCUGUUGUGUACUAUAAACCUCCAUACUAAACCACUGUAUUGUCAAAAUUGACUUCUGUGCAGUAAUUUUCAUAAUUAGGGCUGAUUGUCUGCAAAUCCUGUCUAUGCAUUAGACAUAUGUUGUUUGCUUUCAUGCCCCUGAGGCAUCCUCUUCCCAGGCUGAUCUGGAACAGUGUUUCUGAAUUGCUAAUUCAGUUUUAAAUAUAACUGGCACAAAACAUGCUGUUUCCCUUCCUUCUUCCAGCCCCUACUUCAUCCUUCCAAAAAAGAGGCCUUUCAGGGAAAUGAACGUUGAUAACCAAUUUUCCAUUUUCAUUACAGUGUCAAGUAUAAAACUGAUAAAAAACCCAGGCCAUUUCACACGUGAAGCAUUAAUAUUUUUAUAAGCUUUUCAAAUGAAAAUGAUUUGGACUGGCAAGAGUGAAUAAAUUUUCAUACACUGAAAAUUCUUGUUUGGAAAAGGAAUGAUAUGUUAAUUAGCUCUUUUGAACAGACCAGUUGUUGAAGGAUCCCUCAUUUCCUUAAAUCCCAGUGUUUCUCCAAUACAAAGAGGUGGGUGUUUCUCAGUCUAGCUGAUACUCUGAAUAUUGUGUGCCAAAUUGGCUGAACUUUAACACCUUGUAUUCCAUCUUUGCCAUACCCAUGUUUGUACAUUUACCACACUGCAAAUAAGUCUAAAGAUCAUCUGGAGAAAGCACAUCACAGAUUGCUUGAAACCUAGCUAGGGAUAUUCUUUCUGGAUCGCACUCACCAGAUUCCUGCAGAAAUGG